AUGAGGCGAGCGAGUUAUGGUGGUGGUAGUCGAGGAGCACCAAGAGGAAGCAGUAUGAACAGAAGCGAAAGUUAUAGCAACCGUGGCUCAAGUUUUGGUAGCCGUGGUGGUGGAGAUAGUGAUGGAUACAGACGAGGUGGGCCAGGAGGAGGUGGAGGAAAUAGUUUUAAUAGCUUAAAGAGUAAGCAACCUGGAGGGGCUCUACGUAAACCUAAAUGGGAAAAUGAGACACUUCAACCUUUCCAAAAAAAUUUUUAUACGCCUCAUUCAUUAGUUUUAAACCGUCCUAGGCUAGAAGUGGAAAAUUAUGUUAGGGAUAAAGAAAUUUCGUAUGUUGGUAGUAAUAUCCCAGAUCCUAUAAUGAAUUUCAACGAAGUCAUUCUUCCAGACUAUGUUUUUAAUGAAGUAAAAAAACAAGGAUUUAACAAUCCAACUCCCAUUCAAGCAGUUAGUUGGCCAAUUGCGUUGAGUGGACGAAACAUGGUUGGAAUAGCUCAAACAGGUUCUGGAAAAACUCUUGCUUAUAUGUUGCCGGCAAUAUUACACAUCAAUCAUCAGCCUCGUCUCUUACGUUAUGAUGGUCCUAUUGUUUUAGUACUAGCACCUACUCGUGAACUUGCUCAGCAAAUUCAACAAGUAGCGGUUUCAUUUGGCACCUCUACGUUUGUUAGAAACACUUGUGUAUUUGGUGGCGCUCCCAAAGGUCCUCAAGUUGAUGAUUUAGAACGAGGUGUAGAAAUUGUAAUUGCAACACCUGGAAGACUUAUUGACUUCUUGGAAAGGAACACAACUAAUUUAAAACGAUGCACAUAUUUAGUACUAGAUGAAGCUGAUCGUAUGUUGGAUAUGGGCUUUGAGCCUCAAAUACGUAAAAUUAUUGAACAGAUCAGGCCGGAUCGUCAAGUUUUGAUGUGGUCAGCAACAUGGCCUCCUGAAGUUAAAAAUUUAGCUGAAGAGUUUUUGGAUGAUUACAUACAAGUGAAUGUUGGAUCUUUAAAUUUGUCUGCCAAUCAUAAUAUCUCGCAAGUAGUUGACGUGUGUGAUGAUUAUGAAAAAGAACAAAAACUAUAUGCUUUGCUAACAGACAUAUUUUCUCAACCAGAUAACAAAACUAUAAUUUUUGUAGAAACUAAACGUUCUGUUGAUAAUAUUGUGAAAUUAGUAAACCGGAAUGGAUGGAGAUCCAUUGGAAUACAUGGUAAUAAGUCUCAAAAUGAACGCGAUCACACGUUGAAUCAAUUUCGUUCUGGCCAAGCAAAUAUUCUGGUGGCAACUGAUGUAGCUGCUCGUGGUUUGGAUGUGGAUGAUGUCAAAUAUGUGAUAAAUUUUGAUUACCCAAAUUCUUCCGAGGAUUAUGUACAUCGUAUUGGUAGAACUGGUCGUUCUAGCCGUACUGGAACAGCAUUCACAUUUGUUACCCCCAGCAAUGCUCGUCAAGCCAAAGAUCUCAUAUCUGUCCUACAAGAAGCUAAACAAGUGGUCAAUCCAAAGCUUUUUGAACUUGCAGAAAUGGCUGCUGCUGGAGUGUUUGGAAAGAUGGACCGUACCAAUCGUAGCCGUGAUCGUGGUGGACAAAAUAAUCGAGGCCGUGGUAAUCAUGACCAUGGUAGUCGUGGAAGCUAUAGUAGUGGUGGCCGAGGUACAUAUAGAGGAGGAAGUCGAGGUGGUUACUUGGGUGGAAGUCAUAGUUCUAGUCGUGAUAGCUAUACAAGCGGAAAUCAGGGAGGUCGUAGUGGGUUUACAGGAACUAAUCCUGUUAACAGCAUUAUGAGUAAUAAUAACAAUGGAACUGCUCCGGGUCGUGAAAGAGCAAGCAGAUGGGGUGAUAGCAAUAAUAGUCAAGUAACUCAGCACCAACCUACUAGUCAACAUCAACCAGCAUUUGUGUCGCAGCCGCCCGUUCAAAUACCUAAUAUGAGCAAUCCACCUCCUGGUUAUGCGAGUAGUUAUGGAUUCCAAGCGCCUCAACCUAAUAGUAACUUUAGAGGAGGUUUUUAA